AUGCAAAGGUUUACUGGCCGAAAUCGCCGCCCACGUAUCGAUAUGUGGGUGAAAAAGGCUGGUGCGGCUGCUCUGGUCCGUCUAAUUAGAGGUCAGACCCGUGAAAGAACUUAUUCUAUGGUGAAAGCUAUGAUAGCGAUAGGUCACUGUGAGCCUAGGUUCCGUGAUUCUGUUGUCGGAGGGUGGAGACCAGCAAUCUGGCAGUCAUGGCGCGAUCGUCGAAUCGCUGAAAUUAAGAAACCAUUAGAAACUGGGGGGUUACCUGUAGGACGAUCGAUAAUGACUCUGAACGUGAAUGGAUUCCACAAAAAGAAGUUACAGUUGUUAGACAUCGUUCAAACUAUCCAAGAAACUUUGGUUAGUGAUAAGAAUUACCAGGUGAGAUUACCUGGCUACGACACUUAUGAAGUUAACCGCCAAGAGGCCUUCAGAGGGCAGGCUUUGCUUGUGGAUAGCCGCCUCAGUUCGUAUGAAGUGCCCCAUGAAUGUUUCCUAAGACUAGGAGUAAAAUAUGUCAUUCAUGUCAAGGUUUCGGGACUACCUGGGCUUGACCGCCCAGCACACUUCCUAGCAGUUUACCUCCCGUCGGGAGGAGCGGAUCGAGCAAAACGAACGGGUUUGCUGAAGGAUGUGUUGAAAGUGGUUGACGAUAUACUUGAGAAGGAAAACGGCGCCCUAGUCUUCUGUCUGGGUGAUUUUAAUUACUCAAUGGAAGAAGUUGAUAAAAAGCUGGCAAAAAAUGGACACGUAUUAACAAGAAAAAUGCCAGUAGGGUCAGGCAUGACGCGCUUCCCGGUAACUGGGAAGUGUGGCUCCCUAGAUCAUAUAUUGGUGACUAGUAAUGCUAAUGCAGUCUGUAAACGCCCAAGGGUAUACCAUAUGACCUGA